AAAAAUCCGAUCGUCGGAACCUAUAUAUUUGACAGAUAUUCGUUAUUGUUCCGAAGAAAUUAUUAAAAAAUUGCAAUACAAUGGGCCCAUAUCUUUCGAAGUUAGCAGCCCUGUUCGGGGAGUGGGGAAAUACAGAGGCGAAGAUAAUUAUGCUUGGCUUGGAUGCUGCAGGUAAGACGACAGUCCUGUACAAACUGAAGUUGAACGAGACUGUCACCACUAUUCCGACCAUAGGGUUCAACGUGGAGACGGUAGCCCCAGUUAAGGGCCUCUCCUUCACGGUCUGGGACGUGGGCGGUCAGGAGAAGAUCCGGCAGCUCUGGGGGCACUAUUUCCAGCACUCCGAUGGCCUGAUCUAUGUGGUGGACAGCAAUGAUCGAGAGCGCAUGCAGGAAGCCCAGGAUGAGUUGUUCGGGAUUAUCGACAGCGACGCCAUGAGAGGCGUGCCGGUGGUUGUGCUCGCCAACAAACAGGAUCUGCCCAAUUCAUUAAACACGUCCAAGAUAGUAGAAUACCUCAAUCUCAACAAAUUAUCAGACCGAAAGUGGUACGUUCAGGGCACGAACGCUAUCACCGGGGACGGCAUAUACGAGGCCAUGGACCAGUUGGCAUCUUUAGUGAAGGUCUUCAAAAGAACGCGAUCGCAUUGAUGACUCAGAAUACACGGAUAGUAUCGAAAUAGGAUGUGACUCAUAAUGAGCGCCGGAAACUGAGUGGGUGCUGUUUCUGAUGGAUUUUUUACCGGGAAUAUAUAAUUGAUAAUACGUGACUUGUCAAUCCAUUAUUUUGUUGGCUUGGAUAUCAGUUACAAAAGAUGCCACUUGUACGGUGUAUAAUUUAAUCUAUUUAUUUUAAAUAAUAAGAGUAGCAUCAAUCGUCAAAUGAAACGGCAAUGCAGCCGUUUUUUGUCGCCAGCAAAGCAUGUGCAUGUUUUUAACAGUACUCAUGCAACUGAGUACUUAUGUCGCGUUUUAUCGUGAUCGUCUCAAAAUGAAGCUAAGUUAUUGGUAGAGCACGAGUAAUUAUCUGUAAAAGAUCGAUAGCUGUAUUGUUCGAAU